AUGAACAACACCACGAUGAGGAGAAACAACAACAAGAAGAACGAAGAAGAGAGGAAUUCUAGGUCGUCCGGAGGAGACGUCGUGACGACGAGCGCGAAGAAGCGUGCUGCGCCCACCACGCCCAGUGGAGGCCACAACAAGAAGAGAAAGAAGACGAAUGGCGGCAGACUAGCACCACCCCGCCCGACGGAGAAAACGAGAAAGAAAAGGCGACGACGGGAAAUCAGCGAGGAAAAGCAGGUACAAGUAGAGGCUCAAGAUGAAGGCGAAGAGGCUGUAGGAGAAGAUGAGACGGAGGAGGAGAGCCUUAGAAGGCGAGGAGGCUGUAAGCAGAUCCUCCCCUUGCAAGCGAGGCAGCAGCUCACCAAGGAGGGCCUGCGUGUCCUGAAAGAAGCGGAUCGGGCGCUACGUCGACGUAGCGGCAUCCACAAGCUUCGCCUCCAGGCCGCCGACAAGCAGCUUGUCUCGCCAUCGUGCUCUGGUGGCGGCGCGGAGGCGAGCCUCGGGCGGCUGCACCUCGGCUGGACCUGCUACGUGUGCAAGAAGCGGUACGACCAGCUCCACUUCUUCUACGACCAGCUGUGUCCGUGGUGCUCGGCCCUCAACUACUCCAAGCGGUUGGAUCGGGCCAACCUCACGGGACGAGUCGCACUCGUAACCGGAGGCAGGGUGAAGAUCGGGUUCCAAUGCGCGUUGCGGCUGUUGCGGUGCGGUGCUUCGGUGAUUGUCACCACCCGGUUCCCGACCGAUGCCGCUCUACGCUACCACGCCGAGCGCGACUUUGAGCUGUGGCAGGGCCGGCUCUCCAUCUACGGCCUGGACCUGCGCGGCAUGGGCAUGGUCCAGCUGUUCACCCAGUUCAUCGCUCACACCCACAGCAGGCUGGACAUUAUCAUCAACAACGCCGCGCAGACGAUUCGAAGGCCACCGGCCUACUAUGCGCAUCUCAUCCCGGUCGAGGCCACCCCCGUGACCCGCCUGCCCACCGGCAUCCAGCGGCUUCUCGACAACCCGUGGAAUGCGCAGAAUGCCGUCGACAUGACCCAGUUCAAGCGUGCGCUGGACGCGGUGCAAGACGCGCAGCGCCCGGGCCUUCUUCAACACGCGCCGCCCACGCCAUCGGCGGUGCUCAGUCUCAGCUCGCCCCAGCCCGGUCCUCCGCUGCGGAUCAGUGAGGCGUCAGCUUUGUCGCAGGUGCGACUGGUGCCCGGAGAGGACGACGCGAAAGCCGGCGGGGAGCUGUUCCCAGCGCGGGCGCUCGAUGCCGACGGCCAGCAGAUCGACCUGCGGCCCAACAACACCUGGUCGGCGCGGGCUCAUGAGGUCUCAGGGGUGGAGGUGAUGGAGGUGCACGCCAUCAAUGCCGUGGCGCCCUACAUCAUCACUUCGCAGCUGCUCCCGCUCAUGCUCUCCCAUUCGCCCAGGCUGGAUAAGUACGUGGUCAACGUGUCGAGCAUGGAGGGCAAGUUCACGCGCCCGCACAAGGACCACCGCCAUCCCCACACCAACAUGGCCAAGGCGGCGUUGAAUAUGAUGACCUGCACCAUGGCGGCCGACUACGCGCGCGACAACAUCUACAUCAACUCGGUGGACACGGGCUGGGUGACGAACGAACACGCGUGGGGGAAGGACGGCUGGGACGACUUCACGCCGCCCCUCGACGACAUCGACGGCGCCGCCCGCAUCCUCCAGCCCAUCUUUGAUGGCGUUGCGCGGGGCAACUUCAUGUCAGGCCUCUUCCUCAAGGACUACUCGGUCACCUCUUGGUAA